GUUUCGGCGUCGCACAUUUAGCGUUGCCGCAAAGCUUCUCUGCCUUUCAAAUUUCGUCUGCUCUCGCUGGUCAUUGCGGGGUCUCUCACCUUCUUUCUCCCAGAUCUCUCGGGAACUUUCUUCAGAGGUAAAGCAGGAUGGGGCUGACUUUCGCCAAGCUCUUUAGUCGGCUUUUUGCCAAGAAGGAGAUGCGAAUUCUGAUGGUAGGUCUUGAUGCAGCUGGUAAGACCACCAUUUUGUACAAGCUCAAGCUUGGAGAGAUUGUGACCACCAUUCCAACUAUUGGGUUUAAUGUUGAGACUGUGGAGUACAAGAACAUCAGUUUCACCGUGUGGGAUGUUGGGGGUCAGGACAAGAUCCGUCCGUUGUGGAGGCACUACUUCCAGAAUACCCAGGGUCUUAUCUUUGUUGUCGACAGCAAUGACAGAGACCGUGUUGUCGAGGCUAGGGACGAACUGCACAGAAUGCUGAAUGAGGAUGAGCUGCGUGAUGCUGUGCUGCUUGUCUUUGCUAACAAGCAGGAUCUUCCGAAUGCCAUGAAUGCGGCAGAAAUCACCGAUAAGCUUGGCCUCCAUUCGCUUCGUCAGCGUCACUGGUACAUCCAAAGCACCUGUGCCACGUCCGGUGAGGGGCUAUACGAAGGUCUGGACUGGCUUUCCAACAACAUAGCGAACAAGGCGUGAAGACAGAGAGAGUGAUGGUGUUUUUGGUUUUAGUUUCAUCUUCUGUGGAUGUGUUUUGGUUGUUGGCUGUGAGCAAGUGUACUUGUACUUAUAAGUGUACGUUUUUUUUAAAUAGUUGGUAUGUUGUAAUCAAAGAACGGUUUGAGGAAUGAAUGUGUUGGUUUCUGGUUUU